CUUUGAGUUAGCUAAAAAAAAGGACCGACAUAUUGUUGCUGCUUGUUGGCUGCUUAACAUACACACACACACACACACCAAUUAGGAUUCAGGCAGCCAUAAUAAUCCUUACCCAAAAAAAAUAAUGAUCAUACAAAGUCAACCAUUAUAAAUGUUAAACAUCAACAAUAUCCAUCUAAAUCCUUUUCACACUUGAAACUUGAAUCAAAUCUGUCUAUCAAUCAUGUCAAUAUGUUAAGAAAAUUCGUACAGAUACCGUUUCUGUUGGUCAUCGUAACGACCACAAUAUGUUAUCAAACCAAACAAUCUCCAUCAUCAUCAUCAUCGUUGACGAUCAUUAAUUCACAAUCAUAUCGUGAUCAAACAAUCGGUUGUCUUUACAGUGACACUGUAUGUUCGAUUCACGAAACCUGUUUCGAUGAUCAUGCAUUUGGUCGUUGUGAACAAUAUAAUCCAAUCAAUGGUAAAGUCAACAAUGAUUAUACCUAUCAAUUGGAUAGAAAAACGUUUCAACUACUUGAACAAGAACUGACAAGACUUUCAUCGCAAAAUUUUGAUUGGCCUGAUCCAUAUACUCAAUGUAUAUUGAAAACUAUUCUAAAUGAUCGUCCUCGUGUUGUUUAUGAUCCAACCGUAUGCGAUGUUUAUUUACCGUCAACAUCAUCUUUGGCUUCGUCCACCACUAAUCAACCAUUAGCAAAAGAUGAUGAAAAUUGGUUUCUAGAAUUACCUGUCUUAUUAGCAGCAACAACCAAAGUAAAUCCAUCUAAAUCUCCAUUAUCAAAACAUCGAUCAGACAUACAAACAUUGAGCAAAAAGAAUCUGCUGCCCGUUAUCAUUCAACACACAGAAUCAAUCAAUUCAACUCCUCAACCAACCAUUGACCAAUCCGAUCAUGAUAGUAGACAACGAUUGAUUCAAUUGUCUAGACGUUUAUUGGCCAACAACAAUCAACAAAACACCAACAACCAACACAAACAACUUCCCGACUAUGAAGAUGAUGCGGAUUCAACUUAUGACGCUGAAAAUAAUCAACCAUUAGUCGCUUAUCUUAAACAAAUUAUCCAACAACAGGCAAAGGCACAUGACAAUACUGAUUCGAAUAAUGAUGAUGAUGACCAAAUGCUUUUGAAUGAUCACAGUUCUUAUCGUGAUGAUCCGGUUGCUGCAACCAUCGAACAAGAUGAACAACCAAACAUUGGUGGUCAUUAUUCAUGGUCAUCGUCAAUGCGACGUAUACCGGAAAUUCGUGUUUCUCGUGAUACUAGCAACGAUGAUCAUGAUGAUAAUAUUGAUCUGUCAGCAUUGUUCGGCACUUUACCACUUAACGAUGAUGAUGUUGUUGUCGUCGAUUUUGAUGAUAAUGAUGAUAAUUUAAAAAUGUUCGAUAAUUCAAACAAUGAUGAUGAUUCAAACGAAGACCAUUAUGAUAGCCAACAUCUUCUGCCAUUACGUUUGCCCACCAGCAAUGACAAUGAUGAUAGCGAUAAUGAUGAAAAUAGUGAUGUAGAUGAUGAUGAUGAUUUAGAAGAAAAAGAAGUAUUAUUAAGUGACAUCAACUAUAGUAACAAUUAUUUGAUGCCAAAUUUUAAUCGUAAUCAUCGUUACGAUACUAAAAAACCGGGGCCAAUCUAUGUGGAAGAAUAUUGGUUCCAAAGUGAUGGCGAUCAACAACAACAACAACAACAACAAAAAUCUAAAUCAACCACCCAACAAUCAAUCAUACCAACACAACAGACCAAUUUGACCAAAAAAGAUUUUAGCGUUCGAUCCAAUCAACCUGUAGCCGAAGGACCAGUAAAAUUAGAUACUGAAUCACAUGAUAUGUUGAUAAUUCGUACAGCUGAACAAGGUGAAAGUACCAAUUUGGAAGCAAUCGAUUCGACACAUACAUAUGUUAUCACUGACAAAAUUCUUGGUGAAGAAGAUUCGGAUCGUUUUGUACAAACUAUUGAACAAGUAUUCAAUCUGCCAAGAGGAACAUUUUCUAAUUUAAGAAAAGAAGAUUAUCAAAUAACGUUUAAAGUUAAUCCAAAUUAUCUUGAUUUGAAUGCAUCACAAGUAGCAUCUCGUAUAGAGGACAUGGCAAAACUUAUUCAUGAAAUGACUGGAUAUUUAGUAAAAGAAACGGGUAUUGGUGACAAAACUAAAUUACCGGUUCUUUCGCCGAAAAUUAUUGAACAGAAUAAUGAACAUAUUAAAUUGGUUAUUAUUUUUGUUUGUUCGUUAGUAGUAUCGGUGAUAUUACUUGCCUAUAUCAUCUAUAUGUUAAGGGAUACAUUAUUUAGAGAACGUGUUAAAGGAUUAAUGAAAAUAUCUGAAGAUUGGAUUAAUUUUAAUUAUCAGGAUCUUUGUCGUCAACGAUUUCAGAAUAAAUCUGAUGUAGAACAAGGUAAACCGUCCAAAGUUGGGAGCAAUGUCGAUACAAAAUCUGCUACUCAAUCACAACAACAACAAGGACAUGAUGGCCACGAAAGUCCAGCAAGUCGAUCAUCAACAUCAUCCUGGAUAGAAGAACCUGUCUCAUCAAACAUGGACAUUACAACCGGACAUAUCAUUCUGUCAUACAUGGAAGAUCAUCUGAAAAAUAAAUCUCGAUUGGAACAUGAAUGGGAAGCUUUAUGUGCAUAUGAAGCAGAUCCUUGUGCAACGAUUGCAGCUUUGCAGAAAAAGAAUGCCAACAAAAAUCGUUACCCGACUAUUUUACCGUAUGAUCAUUCACGUGUCAUUCUUGAUGAUUCGGCUAACGGAACCAAUUCUGAUUACAUCAAUGCAAAUACUAUUACUGAUCAUGAUCCUCGUAAUCCAGCAUAUAUUGCUACACAAGGACCAUUGCCCAAUACCAAAGCUGAUUUCUGGCAGAUGAUAUGGGAACAAGGCAGUGUAUUGAUUGUAAUGUUGACACGUCUUCGUGAAAAUGGUCUUAAUAUGUGCGAUCGAUAUUGGCCAGAAGAAGGAUCCGAAUUAUUUGAUAAUUAUGAAGUACAUCUUGUAUCCGAACACAUUUGGUGUGAUGAUUAUCUUGUACGAAGUUUUUAUCUGAAAAAUUUAAAAACAGGAGAGACGCGCACAGUUACUCAGUUUCAUUAUUUGUCUUGGCCGGAAAACUGUGUUCCAAGCAAUAUUAAAUCAUUGCUCGAGUUUCGUCGCAAAGUAAACAAAUCGUACAAAGGUCGUAGCUGUCCAAUCGUUGUACAUUGUUCGGAUGGUGUAGGUCGCACCGGUACCUAUAUAUUGAUCGAUAUGGUACUGAAUCGUUUGGCCAAAGGUGCCAAAGAGAUUGAUAUAGCUGCUUCAUUGGAACAUGUUCGCGAUCAACGAAUGGCCAUGGUAAAAAGCAAAACACAAUUUGAAUUUGUUUUGUUGGCCGUUGCCGAUGAAGUACAAGCUAUUCUCAAAGCAUUAUCCAUUAGCAACUGAUUCCCAAUGACACCAUACACACACAAUGAAUAACAGAUACAAAUUUCUAUUUUUCUCACAUGAUCAUCAACC